UAGAGCUGAUUUAUUAACUCACCGUCUUCGUCAUGACAAUACGACUCACUGAUCAUGUUCUAGAGUAUGGCCAAUUCGACAUUGACGUGGGUCGAGAUCAGUGGCGCCAAGCACCUGCGGCUUUUCAAGGAAUAGCUUCCAUCCUGACGACAGCUAUCAUCUUCGCGUCUCCCAGCCCACCAGCUCAACCACGAAAAAAAAGAUGACCGACAUAACGCCCCUCUUCUCCACGCUUCUGACACAAAAACAUGCACCGGCAAUACCACCAAAGCGCUCACCGCCCCCACCGGCCGACGAAUUCCUCAAAGAAGCCUACCGAAUAGCAACACAUAUCUCCUCGCUCCUAUCGCACCUACAAACAACCCGGCAAUCGUACCUCUCUACCGCGCGUUCGCCGAGCAGUAAUCACUUGACCGACGCCCAUCGCGAUGGGCUCGACGCAGAGACCAAGACGAUAAUCCGGUCGACGCUGGCACUCAUCGGUCGACUGGAGUCUGCGGAAAAGGUCCGGGUGCAAACCGAGACACGAUUGUUCCGGCAGCGACACUCGACGCUGAAAAGCCUGUUCGAGGACGAGAGCAAGAAGGAGAGGGAGGAGGCUGGGAUGCGUGUAGUUACCGCGCAUAGAGAGGGCGUGAUAUGGUUCUUGAAGAAUCGGCUCGAGAAGGCGAGUGAGGAGCAAAGGGAACGGCAAGAGAUUAGGCUGCAGAGGCAGAUUGAGCGCGGGAAAAGUCUGCUGCACAAGGCACCUGUGUCCGCCGGCGGAGUGCCGCCGGCCAGUAGGAGUGUAGUCAUGCAGGAGGAAGAGGAGGAGACUAGGAGGGCUGUCGAGGAAUUGAGUCCCGAUCAACUUCGGAUCUUCGAGAAGGAGAACGAGGGGAUGUUGAAACACUAUGAAGACACCCUUGAGCAAGUCCGCACCGCCGAGAACUCCCUCCUCGAGAUAUCCUCCCUGCAAACACAACUUGCCACAAAUCUCGCGACGCAGAACAGCCACAUCGAUAAUCUCCUGAUGGAUUCCAUGCAGACUGCCGAGGACGUAAAUCGAGGAAAUAAGGAACUCAAGAAAGCCGCCGAAAAAACCUCGAUGGCCCGGUCGGCUUUCUUCGGCACUGUGGUGUUUUGUGGAGUCGUUUUUGUAUGGGAUUGGUUUAUUUGAGAGCUACUCAUAACAGAGGCGGAAGACGACAAUUGAUGUUGAGUGAAUAUAUGGUAAUCUAGUGAGAGAGGGUCGCGAAUGCCUAUAGUACGGUUUUCCCAUGUGAAGUGCUUGUUAUACACGAACAAUUACGCCUCCAAUCUAAAAGCCUUUGACCCGUUUCCCUAACCUGGCCAUCACUCCACUCGCCAAUCCCAUUUCCUU